GUUUUCUAGGAUUGGCUGGUUAUUAUCGUCGAUUUGUGGGGGAUUUCUCUAGAAUUGUUCUGCCAAUGACCCGUCUGAUCAGGAAAGACACCAAAUUUGAGUGGACUCUAGAGUGUGAAAAGAGCUUUUUGACCCUUAAAGAGAAACUAGUCACUGCUCCUAUACUCCCACUUCCCAUCAAUGGGGAAGGAUUCACUAUAUACAGUGAUGCCUCUAAAAAGAGUUUGGGAUGUGUAUUGAUGGAGAAAGAUAAGGUUAUUGCAUAUGCUUCAUGGCAGUUAAAGCCUUAUGAAGAAAAUUACCCUACCCAUGAUCUGGAGUUGGCAGAGCUUAACAUGAGGCAGAGGCGAUGGUUAGAACUUUUGAAAGAUUAUGACUUGACCAUUAGCUACCAUCCAGGCAAAGCCAACAAAGUAGCAGAUGCGUUGAGUAAGAAGUCCUCUGGCAUUGCCUCUAGCAUCCUUACCACCAAGAAAGAGUUACUUGAGGAUCUUGUGAAACUAGAUGUGGAGUUGAGAGUGGAUAGUACUACAGCUUAUCUAGUUGCUCUCAGUGCACAACCGGCAUUAAUUGAUAGAAUUAAAACUGGCACAUCCAUUAAGAAGCUUGCCAAUAUGUACGUGAAUGAGAUAGUCAGGCUGCAUGGAGUCCCUGUGUCUAUUGUGUCAAAUAGAGAUAUAAGAUUCUUAGCUCAUUUUUGGACAAGCUUGCAGCAAGCACUCGGUACUCAAUUAAAUUUCAGCACAGCCUUCCAUCCUCAAACUGACGGGCAAUCUGAGAGAACUAUUCAGAUACUUGAGGACAUGUUGAGGGCUUGCGUUUUAGAUUGGAAGGGUUCAUGGGAUCAGCACUUAUCCAUGGCUAAAUUUACCUAUAAUAAUAGUUACCAGUCCAGCAUCCGCAUGGCACUGUUUGAGGCUUUGUAUGGUCGAAGGUGUAGAUCACUUAUUUGUUGGGCAAAGAGUAGGCAGAAAAGUUAUGCGGAUAGAAGGAGACGAGACCUUGAGUUUGAAGUCGGUGACCAUGUAUUUUUGAAGGUGUCACCCACUCCAGAAGUUGGAAUCCAAGAUGAGGCAGGAACAUCUGCACCUCUUCCAAGAUUGAGCCACGCAUUUCUGCUCUUCUUCUUUUCCCCUGUAGCUGAACAACAAGCCCAAGCCACCAACAACACCCACCCUCUUGAGGAACGGUAAAAGCUUGAUUUUUCCCUUCUUUUCUUGUUCAAGAACAAGAUUUAGAACUUAGAAAUCUUCCCCCUAUAGAAAAAUUUUAGAUCUGCUUUGUUCCUUCCCCUCUGUCCACUGCUCUUGGCUGUGUGGGUGUGAAUUUUUCAGGUUUCUGGUAAGGAAACAACCACUAAUUCCUCUUUUCUCCCUUGAUUUGGCUUGGGUUUACUCUAAUUUCUUUUGGUUUCUCCCAAUUUCUAGUAGAUCCCCUAAAUUCUUCUUCAAUUUCUGUCGGCUUCCCCAACCUGUCAGCUCCGAUUUUGCUUGCUAAAUUUUCUAGUAUGUGAUAGCUCCCUCUAAGUCCAAAAUUACCCAUUAGUUGCUAAGUUUAUCCAUUAAUUGCCGCCCUUGUGUUGUCUGAAUUUCUACUGAAAUAGGGGAUGAAUUCCGAUAGCAAUUAGAACAAAAUUUAAGUUUAAUUCAUGUAGAAUUUAUGUGAUUGGGUAUUAAUUGACUACUGUGAGGUUCUUGAUUAUUCUGUCACCCUAGCACUUGGAGUGAGUUUUCUGUAUUAUGCGAUUGAGGAAGUGAGACCCGAAGCCACGGUUAACUAGGGGGAGUGACGUGCUAGAAGGCUAGUCAAUAUUGUGGACUUCGAUCCUUUUUGGACUUAGGCCGUCAGCCACACAUGCUUGAAAUAGAUGUGAAAUGAUAAAUCAUUUUUUUGUAUAUUGAGUUUCCCUUGGUUAUAGCCAUGAUUGUCUUAUAAACUUUUUUACAUCUU